AUGGCACAGAUAGGCAAUCUUCCACUCAGACGUUUCUGUAGGAGAUCGUUUCUGGCCUUCGUUCACCGCCUUUCAACAUCGGCAUGUUCAAAAGCGAAAAUCUACAUAGACGCGAAGGAAGCUGUUCGAGAUAUCCAAAACAACGCAAAAUUGCUUGUUGGAGGCUUUGGAACAUGUGGUGUACCUGAAAACCUCAUCGCUGCGUUACGAGAGACUGGGCAGAAAAAUCUCACAUGUGUUUCGAAUAAUGUCGGCCUUGACAACUGGGGACUGGGGCUUCUUCUCGAGAAGCGACAGAUCAAAAAAGUGAUCGCCUCUUACGUUGGAGAAAAUCAAGAAUUUGCUAGGCAGUACCUAUCUGGCGAACUUGAAUUGGAAUUCAGUCCACAGGGAACACUAGCUGAGAGAAUUCGGGCGGCCGGAGCUGGUAUUCCUGCCUUUUACACACCAGCUGGAUACGGUACACUUAUACAAGAAGGAGGUACCCCAAUGAGGUACAGUCAAACAGAGAAAGGAAAAAUUGAAACUCGUGAAUUCAAUGGCUACAAUUAUGUGAUGGAGGAAGCGAUUUGGGGUGACUUCGCUCUCAUCAAGGCUUGGCGUGCGGACCGACUUGGCAAUAUUCAGUUCAGGUUGACAGCGGGUAACUUCAACAGCGCUAUGUGCAAAGCGAGUAAAUGCACGAUCGUUGAAGUGGAGGAAAUAGUUGAAACAGGCGCCAUCGAACCAAACGACGUACACAUCCCAUCCAUCUAUUGUGACCGCAUCGUACUCGGCAAGAACUACAGCAAGCGUACUAUGCAUUCGAGAUCGCCCUCUCCAAUAUGCAGUAGACAAGUUAACGGGACCGAAUAUUCAUUUCAGGAUGGGGACGCCAAAACCUCCCUAUCUCCUGCUAGCAGAACACGAGAAAUAAUAGCUGCACGCAUUGCUCUUGAGUUCUGUGAUGGAAUGUAUGUGAAUCUUGGAGUAGGAAUUCCAACCCUGGCAGCUGAAUAUAUACCCGAUGGCGUGAAUGUCCACCUUCAUGGCGAAAAUGGAGUCAUUGGAAUGGGUCCGUAUCCUCAGAAAGGCGAAGAAGAUUCCGAUCUCAUCAAUGCAUCAAGUGAGGCGAUCACGCUGUUGAAGGGUGCAUCUAUAUUUGGAAGCGAAGAAUCGUUCGCCAUGAUUCGAGGAUCUCAUAUUGAUGUUACGGUUCUCGGUGCACUUCAAGUUUCUCAAUUUGGAGAUAUCGCAAACUGGAUGAUACCUGGUAAAUUGGUGAAGGGGAUGGGCGGAGCCAUGGAUUUGGUCUCUGCUCCUGGAACCCGGGUGAUUGUCUCUAUGGAGCAUUGCUCAAAGAAUGGUGAGUCGAAAAUCGUGCCUCAAUGUGACUUGCCGCUCACUGGGAAACGGGUUGCAUCACGGAUUAUCACGGACAUGGCAGUUUUCGACGUCAACAAACAAGAGGGACUGACUUUGAUCGAAAUCAGAUCCGAUCUGCUAGUCGAGGAUAUCAAAAAAGCAACAACCGCGCCUUUCAAGGUGAAGAAAAUCUGUUGA